CCUUGGCUGAAGCUCGAAAUAGCUGCUUAUAAAAGAUCGAUGCUAUAACCCAGCUAUCAGAAACGCGGACGACUGCUUGCUUCAACAUCUGGAAAGAGUGCAAAAGGUUGAACUGGAUAAAGUUUAAACGUAGUAAUUACUUCAGUUUUGAUCAGAAUGCUAUCGUUCCGUCUAUACGCUGGUAUUGUGAUGUUCACGCUAACGAGCUGCGUGGCUGACAGGAUAGGACGAUUGGAGCGUCAAAUGAGACUAGUGAAAUCUUUUCAGUCCCAUGUGGAUUUGAGAUUGGACACAAUUGAAGGAGAAUUUGGGUCAUUAACUGAUAGAGUUUCAAAACUUGAAUUACUUGUUAACACGUCCGAAAACAAUAGUUGGCAAACUAACAGUAACGGGUCGGGGACUGGGCAUACUUUAGAUACAGCAUAUACAAAACCGGAAAUUACCGACAUCAAAAAUACGCUCACUGAGUUUAAACGUUCUUUCGCAAAACAAAAAAAAGAAUUGCUUGAUGUAAACUAUAAUGUCAAAGACACGUUUUCUGUAUUUCUAACAAAUGCAUCCUCAACAGUAAACACGUUAGUAAAUAUUGUUAGCGACCAUGUACAUAACAGCGCUGAGAACGUAUCAGCUGCUUUAGUAAAGGUUAAUAAUACAUUGGUUGAAAGUGGGCGGUUAUUGCGCUCUGAUAUAAUAACAUAUUUGGGCAAUAUCAGCUCUGAAGUAAAAAUUGACAUGGUCAUUCGCUUUGAAAAACAAAAACAAGAAAUCAAUAAAAAAUCUUUAGAUUUAACUUCUAAAGUUCUAGACCAUAUCGCGAAUGGAACAGAAAGUCUUAACAUUUUUAAAAGAAAUAUACUUCAAGACGCAUAUGAAACACGGGCUAAUGUUCAAAAUGAAACAAUGAAGAUGGAAAAGAAGGUUGACGAGCUCAUAGGCAAAGCAAAUGAAGUUGUUGGAAUUAUUGAUGAACAGAGAUCUACAAUAGAAGACAGAAUUAUGGUCACCAUCAGGACGCUUCACAGUUCCUGGAAGGACUGGUCUGCAUGGUCCGACUGUUCUCAGUCAUGUGGCAGGGGCAGCAGAAGUAGACAUAGGAACUGUGAUGUAACUCCGCCUUUUACUGAUGGCACCUGCAUUGGAAAUGAUACGGAUACAGAGGAAUGCGUCAUUCACGGGUUUUGUCCAUAUUGGAGUGAAUGGUCGCCGUGGUCUCAAUGUUCCCAAACAUGCAACAAUGGAACAAUAACGAGAGACAGAACAUGCAAUGCCCCUGAUUCUAUCACCUCAACUUGCCCAGGAAAAAGAACUGAAAGUCAGACAUGCCUGACGUCAGCCGAAUGUCCAUCACGGUUAAUUUCCCAAUGGGUUAAACGUGUCUUCGACGUGUCAUACGGAAGGGAUGCAAGCCAGAUAGUGGGUGAACCAGACGUAUAUCCGGCAUACCAGUAUAGUUCAAAUGCAUGGAAACCACGCUAUUGGGAUAGGAAUGCGUUUAUUGAGGUAAGCUUUGAGACCAAGGUAAACGUUACUUCGAUUGAAAUCUACGAAACGUAUGACGGAGGUCAUGUAACAGGAAUUAAAUGCUAUCAAGAAGGCGCCUACCACUCUCUAUACGUUGGCAGAGCGAAUCUCCAGCACGUGGCAAGGAUCUUUUCACCAAGCUUGACGGCAUCGUGUGUUUCCGAUCGGCUACGGAUUGAAAUGACGCCCUGGCUUGUAAAUACGCAAAUAGAUGCAAUGCGACUGAAUGGAACUAUUUUAACCAUAGUCAAAUAAUUAAACGACCUCAUCAAGGUCAUCACGACUUUAGUCGCAAUAUUAGUUAAGAUGUGGUUUACUGCCUCAGUCAGCAUCAAGUUAUACAUAGAAAUGUUGUUUUUGAUUUCCUUUAGUGCGCUAUUUGUUCAAGAAGCAACCAGUUCAGCAUAUAUUAAUAAGGGUGUUUUAACUGUCAAUGAACAAAUGAUCACUAUUUGUAUUUUGUUGAACUGAUAUGUUCUGUUAAUUGUAUUUAUUACAGGACUAUAAAAGGACAUAUUUGACAAAUUGAUACACUUCCGUAAACUUAAAUUAUUCAAUGCAUAAGAAAAUAAAAGUUGUUUAAAACUU